UCACUCCUCAGUGCUUCAGCCCUCACUAAGCUGAUUCCAUAUGAGAAUAUGAGGACGGCCGUCCUCUUCGGCCGUUUCUGUUUGCGCCGUGGACGCCCGCAACUCUCUUCGUCCCGAUUCGUUCCGCCCCAUCGAUUCCACCAUAGUCGCCCUUCGCCAUGGCCGCAGAACGGCUGGAAGAGGUUCCAAAGAGGGCUACCGAUUACAGGGGUGGCGUUUUGCGCUGUCCUGACUCCCGGCGCGUUUCUGGAGCUGGCAGCCGAGGAUGACGACGGGAAUGGGAAGACCCGAGAAAGACAAAUGCUGGAGAUCUCCCGCGAGGAGAUCAGGAAACAGGUCGCGGAAGAUGCAAAGGGACUGGAAAGAUUGCGACAGUCGUUGUAUAUCUACUGGUGCAGUUACAUAUAUGAGCCGAUCGCUACAGGUUUCCGAUUUGUUCAUCUGGCUAUGCUCUUCUUGCCGGUUAUCAUCUCGGCCCCGAUUAUCUGGUUUGGAAGGCGAGUCGAUGGUCGUCGAAAUGUUCGGUCUGGGACUUUAUGGUGGUAUAGAUUCCUCGUCAGCUCGAUGGAAAGGGCAGGUCCAGCUUUCAUCAAGCUUGGGCAAUGGGCCGCAUCACGCAGCGAUAUCUUUCCCCCGGAAUUGUGCAGUAUCAUGUCGUCUCUUCAUUCCAAUGCACCGGCACACUCAUUGCGCGACACCAAAAAGACGAUAAGCAAGGCUUUCCAUGGCAUACCAUUCGAGGACAUAUUCGAGGAGUUCUAUGAAGAACCGUUAGGCGUGGGCGCCAUUGCACAAGUCUACAAAGCAAAACUUAAACGAAACCUGGCGGCCAGUGUCGAGAGCACCCUUCCACCGGAGCCACAAAGCUUACGGGGCAAAGUUCGGAAAAACGUGGACGUGUUGGUCAAGAGCACUCCCCAGCGGGUGCCGUCGUCUUAUGUGGCUAUCAAAGUGCUACAUCCUAAAGUCGAGCGUGUGAUCCGGAGGGACCUCAGGAUCAUGUCGCUAUUUGCCUCGCUGAUCAAUGCUCUCCCGACCAUGAAUUGGCUGUCUCUCCCGGACGAGGUCCACCAGUUUGGUGAGAUGAUGAAGCUCCAGAUGGAUCUCCGGAUCGAAGCGACGAAUCUCGCCAUCUUCCGCGAGAAGUUCAAAUCCCGCACUACCGCCUGGUUCCCCUAUCCUUAUAUGGAUUACACAACCCGGGAAGUACUCGUGGAAGAAUUCGCGCAAGGUAUUCCACUGUCGACCUUCUUGGACGUAGGUGGAGGUGUCUACCAGCACGAGAUAGCCAGUGAAGGCUUGGACGCGUUCCUGCACAUGCUCUUGAUCGACAAUUUCGUCCACGCAGACCUGCACCCGGGAAACAUCAUGGUCCGUUUCUACAAGCCCAACGAGCUGGACCUCUCGCUCCACAAACGCACACGGGCGUCUGAAGCUCCAACCAAAGCGGAGGUCGAUGUGACCGAGACCGUGCUCAGGCGGUUGAGGCCCCAUAUGCAUUGCCGAGAAGAUUGGGAGAGCGUCCUCAAUCAGCUGAACCUGGAAGGAUAUCGUCCGCAGUUGAUAUUCAUCGACACCGGCUUGGUGACCCAACUCGACGACACCAACCGACGCAAUUUCCUCGACCUCUUCCUCGCAGUCGCAGAGUUCGACGGGAUUCGCGCAGGCGAGCUCAUGGUCGAGCGAUGUCGCCAACCCGACGCAGUCAUCGACCCCGACGUCUUCGCCGUGCGAAUGGAACACCUCGUCCUAAGCGUAAAGUCACGAACAUUCGCCCUCGGCAACGUAAAAAUCGGCGACGUGCUGAGCGAGGUGCUCUCCAUGGUACGGAGCCACCACGUGAGGCUCGAAGGCGACUUCGUCAACGUUGUCAUCUCCAUCCUGCUCCUCGAAGGCAUCGGGCGCCAGCUCGAUCCCAAUCUAGAUCUAUUCAAGAGGUGGGUCGAUGAUACCUCGUUUCUGCUACUGACCAUAGGUCUCGAAUCGCUGGGUUCUAUCUAGUUCCGUCUGAUUGACUUUGUGUGCUUGCUUGCUAGUGCCCUUCCUAUCCUGCGCACACUUGGCUCAAAGACAACCUUCCUCCGAAACGUCCGAUCCGGCAAUACUUCUAUACUCCGCGUGUGGGUCGGUCUCGAAGCCCGUGGAAUGCUCCAAGCCAGUAUCGAGAGUGUGGA